AUGAAAGUUAGUAAAAAAUUGGCAAUGAAUGAUACUAAUCUCCUUCUUGGUGCGACUCAAUGCAAUCGUCUUCGACCGCAAUAUCGGCACCAAAAUUCCCUAAAUGACUCAGUUAUACAGAUAAUUGAUAAUACAUAUUCAGCAAAUCGUCGAGCAUCAUCGGUACAAUCAUUUCAAAAUCUAUUUUCGAAUUCAAGACCGUCGACAUCGACAUCCUAUCCACGUCUACAACAUGUCGUACGAAAGCAAAUUUCACCGCCAGGAGUAUCUGUUAAUUCGGAUCUGACAAAUUCAUUGUUGAAACAGAACACUACUCCACUAGAAACAAGUCGGUACGGGAUAGAUAAUAUUUCAUUGUUUUCAAAGAUUCGUACGCAAGAAGAUGAUGAGCAGGGACCUUUGUCUCGUUUGUCCAAAGGAGCAACAAUAUCUUUGCCUGGUCAGGAUGGACUUGAAGAUAAAAAGGAACCAAUUGAAGUUCGUGUUCGAUGUAUCUUUUCUCGAGUGGGAGAAAUCGAUACGUUGAACGAACGUUACAAUGCUGAAAUCUUUUUUGAAGCUUCAUGGUACGACGCAAGUAACAAAAUCGGAUCGAAAUACGAUCCACAAAUGGGUCAUUUCAAUCCUCAACUAGUUGUUCUCAAUCACAUCGGAGAUUCAUUGCGACAUGAAAAAUGGUAUUCGAUCAAUAGAACAGAUGACGAAAAUAUAGUAGAAAUAACUGAGCACAACAAAAUUCGCAGUGUUUUUUGGGAACGUCUAGAACUGUACCAUUUUCCUUACGAUGUUCAAGAAUUAUCGAUAUCAAUCACAACUCCGUUAACCCAAAACGAUCUCUAUUUUAUCCAAAAUGUUGACAAACCAUCUGGUGUCAAUCGAACAGUCUUCAGCGAUCAACAAUCUUGGCAUUUAUAUGAACACGUCGAAUUCACAUACGAAGAACAUCGAGAAGAAUACUCGUUGAAUUAUAAUCAAAUUCAUCCAGUUGUUGUCUGCACAUGCCAUGUCGGUCGUAAAUGUGGUUAUUAUAUCUGGAACGCAUACUUUUUAAUAUUUCUCAUCACAUCGGCAGGACUAUGUACGUUCGCUAUUCCACCAUCAAACGGCCACGGACGUCUUCAAAUUACAUGCACUCUUCUCUUAACAUCGGUCACUUUUCGAUGGGUUGUUAAUAAAUCUCUUCCGACGAUAUCUUAUUUAACAGCUUUAGAUGUUUACGCUAUCUCGUCUAUAGUUGCUCUGUGUAUAAUAAAUGUUUUUCAUGGUAUUAUUAGUUAUAUCUAUUACAAUCAAUUAUAUAUUGCCACAUCACAACCAACAAUAACGACCAAUGCACUUCAUCUAUCACUCUAUCCCGAAUACUUCCUGUGCCGUUUAGAUCGUUAUGCGUUUUUUUUCUUUCUAGCCUUGUUCUGUGUUUAUCAAAUCUUCAUUCUUAUAUGGACCUUUUGGGUACCUUAUAAACGACGUUCUGCUAUUAGUCGUAAAGAUGAAGAGAAUAGAGCGAAAUUAUUAAAUAAACCGACAUAA